UCUUUUUCAGAUAUCUAUGGAAAAUGCGUUUUUAGUAAAUGGAAAAGCUUGCAGUAUUCUUGAAAUUAACAGCCAUCAAAGUAUAAUUAACUCGUACUCUUCACUCUCCAAAGUUAACUCGGAAGGAGGAACUGUGAGAAGUGGCUCGUCACAGCUAACUGAGCCUCAGUACAGUGGUCCUCAGAGGCAAUUCGAAAAUGACUGCCCAGUGCUUCAUUUGAUCAUCGCAAAAUCGUCUAUUUUGAAACGGCAGACGCUCACCGAAUGUCUGAUUUUUGUGUCAGAUAUUAUUGCGCUUGAUUCACACAAUGAUAUAUGUAAAAGCAAAGCUGUAAUUGGAAACUACUGUAAAUGCAAAUAUGCUAAGUUUCCCUAUUUCUUCAUCCUUUACUACGUAGAGCGCGAUAAGAAAAGAAAAGCCCAAUGGUGCUUGAAGUCAUUGUUGAUCGAGUCGCAAGAUUCCCGUCGUCUGCAGUCCCUAUUCGUAAAAGUGGAGGCUGCCUUUGAAAAAGUUAAAGAAAACUGUACGAGGCCAAGGAAUUUGCUAGUAAUUGUAAACCCUUACGGUGGAGCUGGAAAAGGAAUCAAAAUCUGGGAGCGGCAAGCUAAACCGCUGUUGAGGCUAGCAGAUAUCGAGUUAGAUAUUACACUAACGGAGCGUGCUGGCCAUGCUUUCGAUUUGUGUUAUAAUCUUGAUUGGUCAAAAUUUGACGGCAUUGUGGCAGUUGGAGGAGACGGAAUCUUGAACGAAUGCAUCCAUGCUUUUGCAGCUCGCAAGGAGGAGGGUCAGUUCACCCGUUGUCCAAUCCCUUUUGGUUUGAUACCGGCAGGAUCAACCAACUGCAUUAAUGAAGUAGUAACUGGCGUUGUAAACGUUACUAGUACUUGUUUGCAGAUAAUAACUGGCCAGAGUUUAGGCAUCGAUGUCAUUUUUCUACGUGAUAAUCAUUCAAAAAUGCUGGUUCGGGUCUCUUUUUGCAGCGUUGCAUAUGGCUUUUUUGGGGAUGUUCUAAUCAGAAGCGAAAAGUUACGUUGCAUAGGUCCUAUAAGGUACAUUAUUGCUGGUGCAUUAUCUUUCAUGCACUUGCGCACCUACCGCGUUGAGACGGAGAUCGGAAUAGCAGAUGUUCCCCAUUGGGACAUAUUGGACGACAGUGAGAUGUGCGUUGUGGACCAGGAAAAGAAGGCCUGUUCGAUUUGCGACGCAAUGAAGGAUUCAAGGGAGAAAGUUCCCGUGAAGCGAGUAACCCAUAUCAAAGCAAGAGUAGCUUAUCUUCAGGUUGUGGCGAACAGCUGUGCGUGUAAGCAGAGCAAGUUGGGAAUUUCACCGACUGCUCACCUGGGCGAUGGCACAAUGGAUGUGGUAUUCGCAUGCGAGACGAAAUGCAAACAUUUGGAUGCUCUGCGUAUGCUGUUUAUCCAUAACACCAAAGCAGACAGGUUCGGAGUGGACUUCAUGAGACCUUACAGGGCAUCCCACGUGAAGAUCAAAGUGCUGCCGCCGAAGGAGACGAGUAUGAAUGAGACAAAAGAAGGAGGGCAGGCAGCAACCACUGCCACAGCAUCCAGAAGCAACUUCACCAGUUACCUCACUCGCAAGACAUCCGCCGUGUUCUCGUCCUCAUCGACCAGACACAAAAACAAAAAACGACACCAAACGCCAAAAAACAACGGAGUCGGAUCAUCUCAACCAGGCUGCCCGCCCAGUCCCGCUAUGGCCAGUGGAGCGCCACCCACGGAACACUCGGAGUCAUCGCGAGGGGAAGACGAAGACGAAGGUGCUAACAUGGUUUCUGUCCAGCCCAAUGACCCAAGCAUCCAGGCUCCGAAUAGAAGUAGGUUCAGAGACAGAGAAGCCUCACCAAGAGUUAUCUCAGGCGAGGAUAGUGACAUGGGUCUGAUGCCGCAAGUAGAAUCAGAAAUUAAUGACGCGCUCAAUACUGGGGAGGAUUCGCUGGACAGCGAAAGUGGCCAAAGGGUGUUCACGUUCAUCAGUGGAAGGCGCUUCGGAAGAUACAGAAACAGACAUGAAAAGGCGGAGAGAAGAGAGCUGCGGAUGAAAGAAAAGGCGGCGGCGGUCGCGGCAAUGGCAGCAGUAGACAAAGACAUAAAUGAACAUUCCAACAUGCAUUACUGUUCAGAUGAUGCUGAAGGUGCGGGCGACUGCGAGAUCUCCAGAGCGCCCAGUUUGAAGCCGGACUCGUUUUCCCACAUGUGGAUUGACACUGAAAACAUGAAUGCUCUGUGGAACAUCGACGGGGAGAUAUGUGAGAGCAAUGUGUUGACUCUGGAGCCACAGUGUCAGUUCGUGUCCUUCUUCGGAGCCAGACCUCCCCCGCCUCCUUCUGCACUGCACUCCAAAGGGGGGAAACAAAGAGGAGAAAAGAAGAAAAGCAAGGAAAAGAAAAGACAGUACAAGCAGCAGAAAGGGUCAUCAUCACGCUCAGCAGCAGCGUCGCACGCAUAUACUGCCAAGGGGCAGGCGACUGUCGACCUACGUCACCAAAAUGAUCCCGGAGGAGAGGCGGAGAACGAGAAUCAAGAAAGUGGACAAGGAGAAGAAGAGGAAGAAAAAGUGGGAGAGGAGAAAGAGGAAGAAGAUGGAAGCGGAGAAGCAGCUGCAGAAUCAACAGCAACAGCAAAGAACAGCCGCAGCAGCAGCACUAGAAAAUACAUCUCUUCCAGACUCUGAGGUGCUCCUCAAGGGGUUGGAUGGGAAGGGGGAAGAGAUAGAGGAGGAAGAUGGAGGGAUACAGUCUAUUCAGUUUGUGAACAGCAUCUCAAUCCAGAGGCCACACCUCUUGCAACAGGCCAGUGGGUUCCGACAAAGAGUCGGAGAGAGCGAUUAACAAGAAGGACGCCCAACGGCACAACUUGACUCAUAUCUGACCUGCAAUGCAAUAAAUGCCACAACAACACAACAUAUUAAACACUUUAAAAGACAACACAACACUCAAAGUGCAAGCAAAGGACCUGACCACCGACGCCAAUUCUGAAGGUGCUCCUCCUCUCCUAUCACUCACUUUACUGUCAUUCGUUUGUUAGUUUUGUUUGUUCCUUUUCCUUCCCAUAUGUCUCGGUGGCUUAGAUUACUUUUCUGCUCGUUUCAAUUUGUAUGCAUGCAUUGCUCUCCCCCUCUUACUCGUCGACCAUUUCGGGUGGGCUGGACUGGAUGCAGUUUCAUUUGAAGUAAUAAUAGUUUUUUGAUGUAGCAGACCAAAGUGAAACUUAUCCAUUCAUCCAUCCACUUUUGUUUCUUAAAGAAGCAACGAGAACUGUCAUUCUAAUUGACUGCUCCUUUUCUGUUCUGAUGCCAAUUCAUUUGAUUUGAUUUGAUUUGAUUCAUGUACAUAUGUGUUCGUGAUCACACCCGAUCUCUUAUGUUCCUUCUCAAAUUUUAGUUGUAAAAAAUAGACUGAUAGAAUUUGAAAUGUUUCAAUUGA